UAUCUCCCAAGGCAGAAAAACAAGGGGUCGGGGGUGCCCAACAGGAAAGAAGGUAUUCUGGCUAACCUCCAGGGUCUCUGAAGGCUGUGUGAGAAACUAAGGUCAACUGCUCGCGAUAUCUUACGACAUCGGCGUAAUAAGCCCCACUGAGCCACAGCGCUGAGGAGGAGAAGCUCGCGAGAUCCCUGAGUUGCCGAGGAGACUAGGAGGAGGUGGAGAGGUGAUCUCGCGAAAGGAAAGAGGUCGGGAGCGCUCGCGAGAUCUCAGACCACCGGACCCGAAAGGUUCUUUGGAAGUUGAAGGGCCUAGAGGAGGCCCCGAGGCAAAUGGCCGGAACUGCACCGACCAUGCUACUACGAGAGGAGAAUGGCUGUUGCAGUCGUCGCCAAAGCAGCUCCAGCGCCGGGGACUCCGACGGGGAGCGAGAAGACUCGCCGGCUGCACGCGCCCGGCAACAGCUAGAGGCGCUCCUCAACAAGACUAUGCGCAUUCGCAUGACAGAUGGACGGACACUGGUCGGCUGUUUCCUGUGCACCGACCGCGACUGCAAUGUCAUUCUGGGCUCGGCGCAGGAGUUCCUCAAGCCGUCGGAUUCCUUCUCUGCCGGGGAGCCUCGUGUGCUGGGCCUGGCCAUGGUACCCGGACACCACAUCGUUUCUAUUGAGGUGCAGAGAGAGAGCCUGACGGGGCCUCCGUAUCUCUGACCACGAUCACGCAUGUUUUUCAGACUUCAUUAAACCUAUGACCGAA